UCUCACAAAGUUUAUGUAAAGAAAAAAAAAAUGAAACCAUCAAUCUUAAUUUUAACCGUUUUCGUACUUCUCCUCUUGUUACAAACGGUGAUUCCUCACAAUUACUCGGAUGCUCUGCAUAAGUCGAUCCUAUUUUUCGAAGGUCAACGCUCUGGUCGACUUCCCAAACAACAAAGGAUGUUGUGGCGUGGUGACUCUGCACUCAAGGACGGCGGAAACCUCAACACCGACCUCGUUGGUGGUUACUACGACGCCGGAGACAACGUUAAGUUUCAUUUUCCGAUGGCGUUUACGGCCACGAUGCUUGCUUGGAGUUCUAUCAACUUUGGUUCUUACAUGCCUGCGAAUGAAUUUAGACACAACCUUGGAGCUCUCAAGUGGGCCACCAAUUAUCUCCUUAAGACUGUCUCACAACUCCCUCAUCGCAUUUUCGUCCAAGUAGGUGAAGCACAGCCCGACCAUGAUUGUUGGGAACGACCGGAAGAUAUGGACACGCCACGAACCGCUUUUGCUAUAGAUGCACCAGGGCCAGCCUCCGAUCUAGCGGGUGAAAUCGCUGCAGCGCUGGCGGCUGCUUCUAUCGCAUUCAAACAAUCACAGCCUGAAUAUUCCAAAUUAUUGCUAGACAAAGCCAUACAAACGUUUCAGUACGCAGAUAUGCAUCGAGGUUCUUAUUACGAUAAUCCGAACGUGUACAACGCCACUUGCCCUUUCUACUGCAGUAAUAAUGGAUAUAAGGAUGAGUUGCUCUGGGGAGCUGCGUGGUUGAGGAGGGCGACUGGUAGUGAUAAUUACCUAGAGUACUUGGUGAACAAUCGUGAAACUUUCGGUGUAGAUUACAAUUACUUGGACUUUGGCUGGGACAGCAAAUUUGGGGGUGUUGAUGUUCUCAUUGCCAAGGAAGUAUUUGAGAAGAAUGUGAGUGCGUUAUCACCAUAUAAAGAUAUUGCGGAGAAAACGAUUUGUGCAGUAUUUCCGGAAACCGCUGGUCCACACUUGAGUUACACACCCGGCGGUCUUCUUUACAAACCCGUUGCCUGCCAGCUCCAGAGCACGGCCGCAUGGUCUUUCCUCAUCCUUGCCUACGCGGACUACCUCUCUAAAUCCUCUCAACAACUCAGUUGCGGUAACCUCAAGUUUCAACCCGAUUCUCUUCGACGCAUAGUUAAACGACAGGUGGACUACAUUUUGGGAGAUAAUCCAAUGCACUUGUCAUACAUGGUUGGGUACGGUGAUCAGUACCCGCGACAGGUCCACCACCGUGGUUCGUCUAUACCGUCUGUUAAGGUUCAAAGCAAUGCGUUUGGGUGUCAACAAGGAUGGGAAAUUUUCCAUUCGGACAAUCCAAACCCAAACAUUCUAGUAGGAGCGGUGGUUGGCGGGCCUAACGUAGAUGAUACAUUCAUUGGAAAACGGACAAAUGCUACCGAUACGGAGCCCACAACGUACAUCAAUGCACCUCUAGUUGGUGUCUUUGCCUACUUUAGUAGCAAUCCCAACUUCACUUGACUUCAACUUUCACUACCAAAAAUAUCAUAUUA